AGAAACUUUAGUUCUGAAAAGGAAAUAUUAAAACGUACAAGAUAUCAAGAGCCUGAACCUUUACAAGAACUUUAUCGACUUUGUCCUGAUCUUAAUGGUCAAAGUGUGUGGUUUUUUCUGACGCUCGAUAAAUCUGCAGAAGGGCGUAUUUUGUAUGAAAAAUCGGAAAAGCAUGUCUAUGUUUAUAACAUGAUCACACAAAAUCGAUUUUCAUCUUUUUCUGCUUGGAUAAAAGCACUUGGCAAAAAACGUUUUUUUAAGGGCAAAAAAUCUUCACUAGCCACUAUUUUUUUAAAUCCUAGCUCUAGUGGAACAAGCGUCGGUCAAAUAAUUAAAGGAGAAAACCAUGUAUCUUACUUCAAAAGUGCUGAGAUAAUUACAUUACUCUCUAUCAAAGAUACUCUAACAACAAUGAUACAUAACGAUGCAGAAUUUACAAACAUAACUCUAAUGGAGGGUGAUGAAUCUCUACGACUUAUAUUUUCUGACAGAAAAAAUACUCGAAAAGAACUUUGUUUUAAUCAAGCUUCUCAUGGUUGUCGGGAACCUAUAAAAUGUUCUAUUUUUGUGAACAGGUCUGAAGUCAAAGAUAUUUUUUCAAAAAAUAAUUGUAUUAACACCAAAAUCUCAACUAUGGCAGAUAUUAUUUCAAUCGUACGAUUUUGUAAAAAAUCAUUCAUUUGUAUGGGGCAAUAUACCAAAGGGUUUGAGCAAGCUACCCGCUUGCGAGGUAAUCCUAAUUCUUUAGGCUCCCAAAAUGAUCAUGAGAUUAUUGCUAGUCUGGAAAAUAAAAGAACUGAUACUAAAACCUAUCGCAGAGUUGAUUGUGCUUUCUUUGUGCCAGAUGGGAAUAUAUGUAUAAAUUGUAAAACGUUAUACAAUACGUUGUAUAAAAUUGAAAAUCGACAUACCAUCGGUGUUCAGCCUAUUAAAACAUCACAUGCGUCCAGAGAAAUCCUAACGGAACUUACAAUCAAAUCUCAGAAAGAAUUGAUUAAAGAACUUAGCAACCGUUUAAAAUUAAAAUUUGAAGCAGAGGAAGAACAUAUAUCAGAACCAAUGACUAACAUCAUUCAUAGCAUGAUUGAAAAAGUCAAAAAUAAAGAAUUCGAGGAUAUACCAAAUCUUAUUUUAAAAGAGCUAAUUCGUGUGCAAAGACUUUUAUGGAGUCAACGUGACAACAGAUAUGUUGGAUAUGUUGAUUUUGAUAAUGAGAAUGCAGAAAUCGAAGCAUUUGGUGAGCAAUGUCUUCGUGAUAUCCAGAAUGAUUCUGGUUGCCAAAAAGAUAAUGAUAAAAAGGAUUGUGAAUCCUAUUUUGCAAUUGAGACAAUAGAUGUUCAUACUCUUAAUACGAUUCUUUUUUCUUUAGCCGCCAAGCUCAAAUAUAUAGCAAUUCAUACUUGUGGAUCCAUUUGUGAUGGUGCAGGUGAAAACAGGAGACAUGUUAAAAGUUUUGAUUGGUUUGCAACAACCUGGAAAAUAGGUGAUGAAAUAGAAGUUCAACUGUUAAAUAAACUGGAAAAAAAAAGCUACAAACCUUCUAAGAUAAUUGCUUUUAAUCCAGAGCGUACUAAAUUUUUGGUUGAGCUUUCUGACAUUGAACAAUCUCGCUAUAACAUUGCACGAUCUGUUUUAUGGCCUCCAAUGCCAAAAAAACUAAUUGGAAUAUCAAUGAUUUAUAUUGAGGUUGCAAUUAAACCUACUGAAAAAGGUCAACAAAUUAUAUGGAGAUUACUAUUUAGUGAUAUUCGUCCAGCAUACGAUGAAAAUCAGCAUUGGGCAUGGCAUCUUGCUAUAAAUUCUGUAACUGGUAAAACAUGGUUCUUUUUAAAUAAUCCAACUCAUGUUUUUAAAAAAUUAAGAAACAAUGUUUCAAAAAGCCAUACUGGUUCUGGUGAAAAGAAAAGUGUAAGAGAGAUAAUCAAAAUGAGAGUAGAUCUUGCAGAACAUACAUUAUCACAAGAUGUUAAAAAUGCAAUAGCAGAAAUUCCAGAGUUAAUGAACAUUUCCCAAGGCACUCAGUGUCAGUUUGAUUUAAUUUUGUCAAUUAAUGGAUUUCUCGGAAUUAUAGAAUAUGUAUUUAGAAACUGGCCAGGUGCUGUUAUUCAGCCAAGAAGGAUUUCUCAAGACAUGCUUGAGGGUUUGUUUGGAACAAUAAGGGAGAUGAGUGGUAAUUCCUCUACGCAAACAGUUCAAUCCUAUGGAUAUGCAAUGAAUAAAUUUACAGUCACAACACAAAUGAUAUCGGAAAUACGAAGCCUAAAUUAUGGUUCAGCUAAUAGCUCGAGCUCGUUACAAUCUGAAAACCAGGACCGUAAAGAAUAUAUUUACUACAAACCUCGAAUUGAAGUACUUUCUACUGUGAGCCAUCAAAUAUUUAAGGAAAUUAUCGAUGAUGACUUGAUAAUGGGACGUGUUGACGAUCUUUUAGUAUCCUGGUCAAAAAAAAUUCGUCAAAUGGCAUUAAACUCCGUUCCGGCAAAGAAAAAGUCGCUUGUUCUUCAACUGUUUGAAAAACAUACUGAGUAUGAACCAGACAUUUUGAUCUAUAUUAACAAUAAUCUUACAAACAACCAACCUUUAAAGAAGCAGUUUCACACUCUUCUGCAAAAAUCAUAUGAGUACCAGUACGAUACUAAUCAUCUAUCAGAAGAGGAUGAAAAAUAUUUAUUUAUGCGACAAAAAAAUAAUCCAAAAGUAAAGUUUUCCACAUUUAAAAAAGAGAUGCUACCCAAAGAUCUUAAUUUCGCACUUGAUCAGCUCAAGAUUUGGGCUCACGAUGAUAGGGCUAAGAGUGCAUUUGAAAAGGCAUUUACAUUAUCAAAUCUCAAAACUAUUGUUCAG